GAGGUGAGCUCGUGCGGGCAGCAGCUUUUGAAUACACACUGCUUCAACUGAAGUGCAGUGUGUGGAGUUUGAAGAUGCUUUAGGUGCAGGAGAAGUUGUUGUCUUUGCACGCAGAAGCCAUGCGUAAUAAGUGUGACCGCCGCCGGUGAGGAGGAUGCUCGAGCAUGAGGCAGGAGCAGACAUGCGACUGGUCCGUCAGAUCAGCGCAGGGAUGAAGAUCCAGGCCGGGGGAGAGCACAUGGGCUGCAGCAAGGUCGGAGAAAACAGGGAGAACCAGGUCAUAUGUCUGCAGUGUCAGGAGGAGGUGGUGCGGGUUUGUCCGGGGAGUCCGCGCAGUCCUCGGCUCGCCGUCGCGACGCGCCUCUCCUCCGGAUCCGCAGACCGUGAGCCCAGCAGCAGCAGCUACAAUGCCUCCACAGGAACCUUCUACAGCUGCGUCAGUCAGAUCACCAUCGGGAUUGACCUCGGGGGUCAAGUGGCCAUCGGCUUCUCCCAUUGGAAGAGUCCUUUCCCAGCGAGCGGCCACAAUCUCCCCAGUCCGGACUGCGUUCACUCGGAGGCCCACGCCGUCCCGCCCGUCAGUGAGCAUCCGGAGCCGGUGUCCUGCCCGGCGUCCCUGUCAAUCACCCCGCUGCCCACCUGCAGCGCCAGCCAGGAGACACUCUGCGACAGCAGCACCAGUGUGAGUUUAUCUCUACAUGGGUCUGAGCCCCCGCGGCGGAGCCACCAUCGACGCAGAGUCUCGCUGCAGCCCUCGGCCUCAGGCUACCAGGCAGCGGACAGACCUCUGGCCUUCCCCGUCUGUAGGAAGGCACACAUCAUGGAGGAAUCCUCGUCUAAAGCCACAGACUCCAGCUCUCAAGUGGACGCGCCUCCCCUCGCUGUGAAGGAUGUUAAUGUGCUGCUGCAGAGAAAAGGCUCAGAGGGCGUCAGCAGCCCGUCCAGAGAUGACGACUCCACGCUGCUCAACCCGGGAACCAACAGCAGCAUCCUUGAUGACAACACCAAGUCUGAGGGGAGGAGUAAGUCCAGCUGCCUUUGCUUCAGCGAUGGAAAGAGUCGCAUUGACUACAUCCUGGUUUACAGGAAGUCCAGCUCGCAGACAGAGAAGAGGGAGAUAUUUGAGAGGAACAUCCGUGCAGAGGGCUUACAGAUGGAAAAGGAGGGCUCUUUAACAAACAGUGAUGUGAUCUUUCUGAAGCUUCAUGCACCCUGGGACGUCCUGUGCCGCUACGCAGAGCUCAUGAACAUUCGUAUGCCUUUUAGGAGAAAAAUCCUUUACAUGCACCGCCGGCAGAAGUUCAUGAGCAGGAUGGAAAAGCGCAUCAACAAAUUCCGUGGCUGGCUUCCCCGCAAGCCCAUGAAGUUUAACGACACUUUGCCCGACCUGGAGGAGAACGAGAGCUUCACCGCCCCCUUCAGUCGAUCGAGGAUACAUCAUUUCAUCAUCCACAACAAAGACACUUUUUUCAACAACGCCACCAGAAGUCGCAUCGUCCAUCACGUCCUCCAGCGAGUCAAAUAUGAGGAGGGUAAAAAUAAGAUGGGGCUUAAUCGUCUUUUGAGCAAUAGCUCAUAUGAGGCAGCGUUCCCUCUUCACGAGGGGAGCUACCACAGCAAAAACUCCAUCAGAACACACGGAGCAGAGAACCAUCGGCACCUGCUGUACGAAUGCUGGGCCUGGUGGGGCGUUUGGUACAAGUACCAACCGCUGGACCUCAUCAGGAGGUACUUUGGGGAGAAGAUCGGUCUGUACUUCGCCUGGCUCGGCUGGUACACAGGGAUGCUGUUUCCUGCCGCUCUGGUCGGCCUCUUCGUGUUCCUGUACGGCAUCUUCACUCUGGAGCACUGCCAGGUCAGUAAAGAAAUCUGCCAGGCCACCGACAUCAUCAUGUGCCCCAUCUGUGACCAGUACUGCCCCUACCUGAAGCUGUCAGACAGCUGCAUCUACGCCAAGGUCACUCAUCUCUUUGAUAAUGAGGCAACUGUUUUCUUCGCCGUGUUCAUGGCUGUUUGGGCAACUGUCUUCCUGGAGUUCUGGAAAAGACGCAGAGCCGCCCUCGCAUACGACUGGGACCUCAUCGACUGGGAGGAAGAGGAGGAUGAAAUACGCCCACAGUUUGAGGCCAAAUACUCCAAAAAGGAGAGGAUGAACCCGAUAUCUGGGAAGCCUGAACCUUACCAAGCGUUCACCGACAAAUACAGCCGACUCAUCGUCUCAGCAUCCGGGAUCUUCUUCAUGAUACUGGUGGUGAUCGCCGCGGUGUUCGGCAUCGUCAUUUACCGCGUGAUCACCGUCAGCACCUUCGCCGCCUUCGGCUGGGCUCUCAUCAGGAACAACUCUCAGGUGGCGACCACAGGGACGGCAGUCUGCAUCAACUUCUGCAUGAUCAUGCUCCUGAACGUGCUCUACGAGAAAGUUGCUCUUCUUCUCACCAACUUAGAGCAGCCACGGACAGAGUCCGAGUGGGAGAACAGCUUCACGCUCAAGAUGUUCCUCUUUCAGUUUGUCAACCUCAACAGUUCAACUUUCUACAUCGCCUUCUUCUUGGGAAGAUUUACAGGCCGGCCCGGUGCAUAUCUCCGCCUCAUCAAUCGCUGGAAACUGGAAGAAUGCCACCCCAGCGGCUGUCUCAUUGACCUCUGUAUGCAGAUGGGGAUCAUCAUGGUGCUAAAACAGACCUGGAACAAUUUCAUGGAGCUCGGCUAUCCGCUGAUCCAGAACUGGUGGACACGGCGGAGGCUGAGGAGAGAGCACGGGCCGAACGCCAAGGCCGGCUUCCCACAGUGGGAGAGGGAUUACAACCUGCAGCCAAUGAAUGCAUAUGGACUGUUUGAUGAAUACUUAGAAAUGAUUCUACAGUUUGGUUUCACCACCAUCUUUGUGGCAGCUUUUCCUCUGGCCCCUCUCUUAGCGCUGCUCAACAACGUCAUCGAGAUUCGUUUAGACGCCUACAAGUUUGUGACACAGUGGCGGCGCCCUCUGCCCUCACAAGCCAAAGAUAUAGGGAUCUGGUAUGGCAUUCUGGAGGGAAUCGGCAUCUUGUCUGUCAUCACCAACGCCUUCGUCAUCGCUGUUACCUCAGACUUCAUCCCUCGCCUUGUUUACGCCUACAAGUAUGGACCUUGUGCUGGCCAGGGUCGAGCAGGGGAGGGGUGUAUGAUGGGAUACGUCAACGCCAGUCUCUCCAUAUUCCAGGUGUCUGACUUUGAGAGGAAAUCACAGUCCAGGACUAAUGGCUCCGAACUGUUUGGAGAAGCUGUGAAGUAUUGCAGGUAUCGGGACUACAGGGAGCCUCCGGGCUCUGCUGAGCCGUACUUGUACACGCUGCAGUUCUGGCACGUCCUGGCCGCCCGCCUCGCAUUCAUCAUCGUAUUUGAGCACAUGGUGUUUGCCAUCAAGACGCUGAUCGCGUACCUGAUCCCCGACCUCCCAAAGGACCUGCGGGACAGAAUGCGCAGAGAGAAGUACCUGAUCCAGGAGAUGAUGUAUGAGGCCGAGUUGGAGAGACUGCAGAAGGAGAAAAACGAGAAGAAGAAGAAAGAAAGGGCCCAUCACAAGGAGUGGCCCUGAAAGCACCAACUGGUACAGCCGGAGAUUCAGAAACAGUUUGUACACGACGUUUUUCAGCUGUGUUCAUAACUCUGUAGGAGUCCUGCUCUCACACUAACGUGAGCAGCUCCGUCCUGAUCUUUAUUGGAUUCUUGAAGUUACCAAAGAUAGUGUUGUAUUUUUAAACCUCAAUUUGUGCUCACUCAAAGCCUUUACUCGUUACAUUAAAUGAAAACAUACCUUUUAAAGAUAUGAGUGUGUAAGAACUAACUCGCUGUACAGUACGAUGUAGUACAACUUGUUUUCAUGGGACUUGCAGCUUUAGCCUCUGUUAGCUCUGUGUUCUAUAUCGAGCACAUUUAAGACUCUUUUACAUGAGUGUCGAUUUAAUACGAGUCAGCUGGAAAGGUUAAAACUCUUCCAGAGACGUUAGAUAAUGAACAGCUGUCGGUGUCUAGAGAUGAGCAGCCAGUCACUAAGAGUUUCAGAUGUGUAGCGAGUUAUACGGUUAAUUAAAAUAAGUUUUGCAUAUAGUUGUAAAACAAUUUAAAAUAGAUUUUAAGAGGCCAAAACCAGGUUGUAAGGAAGGAAAGGAAGUAAGCGUUUAAAGGAAACAUCUUAUUGAGCCUUUCAGAGCGGAAAUAAAACAUCUAAAGUGUAACGCUGUAUGUGUCCAGUGUUGACAGGCCUUACCGUGGACUUUCUCUUAUUCCCAGGUUAUCAGCUGGUGUUUGGUUUUCACUGCACAGUGGAGGAAGGAGAGGAGUGCUGGGUUUCCUGCAUGAUACUGGACCCUCAUUCCUUCCUCCUGCCAUGUCAAACCAGCACCUCCUAGUGGACAGUAGAUGAACUUCAUCCGGCCCGUGUGGCUGCAUACAUAACGGAUGUCCUCUUUUUGCUACCUUUUUUCCCUCCAGAUAGUUUCUACCACUUCGGACUCCACAGCGUAUGUCUUCAGAUCCUGAAUGUAGAUUUCAAGCAAGACUAAACUGUUACAGACUUCUUGUUUAAGACGAGAGAAAUAACUACCGAGCUUACUGAAUGACAAACCCUGUUUACAUGUCUCCUUGUUUGAGGAGUUCACAUAUUGCUUUAUUGUAAAUAAAGAUAUUUAAAUGAAUGUCAGGUCAUCUGCUCUGCUAGUGCAAUAAAAACGAGAGAAUUGCAAUUUCUUAGGGAGUUGCGGUGGGAUUGCUGGCGGCUGAACAUGUGAACAGUCGGGAGCUAAACUGCAUUGUUUGAAAAGCUGGAAGCUGGACUUCAUGUGAGCUCCUGAGCAGCAUCACUUAUAAACGUCUGGAGAUGAACUGCACUUUGUAUCAAGCAGGAUUUAAUUUGGUGUGUGUGUGUGUGUGUGUGUGUGUGUGUGUGUGUGUGUGUGUGUGUGUGUGUGUGUGUGUGUGUGUGUGUGUGUGUGUGUGUGUGUGUGUGUGUGUGUGUGUGUGUGUGUGUGUGUGUGUGUAAAGAAAAAAAGUCAUUGCUACUUUUAUUUCGAAAGUCUUUAGUGCUAAGGAAGCCUGCUGUGAGCUCUUGUCACCUUUGGGGGCUUUUAUUUCGAAAAUGUUUCCCCUACUGACAGCAGCCAUGUUGUUUUGAUCUUUUCCCGCUUUAAAAAAGUCUUUUUUUCUUGCCACAGAAAUGUCUAAUCUCUUGUGACGAAGUGUAAAUCUGUUUGCGUUGAUAAUUACAUUGUUUACGUCUUGAUGAAAAAAGUGUGAAGAUUGUUGUGUCGAGGAAAAGUUGAAGAGAAACUUUGAAGAGAAGUUUAACUUUGUGUGUAAUGUUACCAACUAACUUUAACAUUGGCUCCAUUCAUUUGAAUACGGAACAAAUGCCAGAAAAACUUUGACCGAUUAUGUUUCAACGAUAAUUUGCGAUAACGUCCUGGAUAAGUUGAAGAAUGUAGAAGAAGAAGCCGUCAGCAGCAGCAAUCCCACCAGUAAAAGUUACUCUGACAAUAUUCUGUGGCGCUGACCGCUGGCUUCAAUGGGAAGUGCUUUCCAUUGGAAUUUAGAUUCAUAACUGCUGUAAUAAACAUUAUUUAUU